AUGUCAUCCAGAAGUGAACCGCUCUUAAACUACCUGAAGAUGAAGCGCACGCCGUCGUCACCGUCAGAGCACAUCCCAUACCAGUUGAAGGCCAGUGAAGCCGACUCUUUGAUCGAUCACUUGAGUGCCCUCGACAUCGACUCUAAGCCACAGUCCAUACGUUUGUCGGGAAUUAUCUGCACUAUCGGUCCUGCCUCUCAGAAAGUGGAGACAUUGGUGCAGAUGAUCAAAGCCGGGAUGGUUAUCGCACGCAUGAACUUCUCGCACGGGGAGUAUGAGUACCACAAGGCCACCAUCGAUAACGUACGAAAGGCUGCCGAAGUGGCCUCUCAGGAGCUCGGGAUCCCUAACUAUCCGGUGGCCAUCGCUUUGGAUACUAAAGGACCCGAAAUAAGAACCGGUCUUUUGGAAGGAGGCCCGUCAGCGGAAGUGGAAUUAGUGAAGGGGGAGACCAUUAAAGUGACUACAGAUUUGGCUUUCAAUACGAAAGGCUCUAAGGAUUUGAUUUGCGUUGACUACAAGAAUAUCACUAAAGUAUUAGUUCCGGGAAACCGAAUCUUUGUCGACGAUGGACUCAUUUCCCUUGUGGUCAAAGAAGUCGGUGCGGACAAUUUGGUUUGCGAGAUCGAGAACGGGGGCAAAUUGGGCUCUAAAAAGGGUGUGAAUCUGCCUGGUGCUAUUGUCGAUUUGCCGGCUGUUUCUGAAAAAGACAAAAAAGAUCUGGAGUUUGGUGUCGAGAAUGGCGUCGAUAUGAUAUUCGCCUCAUUUAUUAGGAACGGCUCCGGCGUUAAGGAGAUCCGUAAGAUUCUGGACGGGAAGGGCGGGAAAGACAUAAAAAUCAUCUCAAAGGUGGAGAACCACGAGGGCGUCAAAAAGAUCGAUGAGAUAAUCGCUGAGAGCGAUGGUCUUAUGGUCGCGCGCGGAGACCUCGGCAUUGAGAUACCGGCGGAGAAGGUAUUCCUCGCCCAGAAGAUGAUGAUCUCGAAGUGCAACGUCGCCGGCAAGUCUGUCAUCUGCGCCACACAAAUGCUCGAGAGUAUGGUCACUAAACCCAGACCUACCAGAGCUGAGGUGUCCGACGUGGCUAAUGCUGUGUUAGACGGCGCCGAUUGUAGUGUUUUCCAAGAGUUGAGUUAUAAGACGCGGUCGCCGGCAGAUCCGACCACUACUAUAGCGAUCGCUGCGGUGAACGCGUCGUUGAAGGCGAGCGCAUCGGCUAUCAUAGUGUUGACCACAAGCGGCAAAACUGCGUACGAAGUGUCGAAGUAUAGGCCGCGCUGUCCUAUAAUCGCGGUGUCGCGCAACACCCAGACCACACGUCAGGCACACCUAUACAGAGGUCUUCUGCCCUUCCAUUACAACAAACAGCGAAACGAAUCGGAGGAUUGGAUCCAUGAUGUGGACACUCGACUCAAGGAUGCCGUCGACUUCGGCAAAAAGAGAGGCGCUGUUAAGUCCGGUGAUACUGUGGUGUUGAUUACGGGUUGGCGUAAGGGUUCCGGUGCUACGAAUACCCUUAGAAUAAUAGUCGUCGAGUGAACUCUAUUUAGUUUAAAGUGUUAAUGUAUUGAUUGUAUUGAAUAGCUUUAGAUAAUCAACUGUCGUAUGGAUUCUAUUCGGAAAUGAAAUUUAUUUAUGGAAAUUAUAGUCAAAUCUGUUUUUGUUUAUAAUUCAUGUUUUAUCUCAAAAG